CCAACCCCUGUAGUUGUUCUUUAUGAAGAUGGUCAAAGGGUUAGGGGUAGUGUCAGGGUUAGGCCAUAGAAAUGACUGAAAGUCAAUGGAGGUCAAUGCAAACUCCUCACAAAGACAGUAAAACGGGAACACUGGACAGUAAUGGACUUUCAGCAGUAGCCGCUGUGCAAACGGUACAUCGGACGCGGAAGUAAGAUUUUGUAACGUUAGAGAGACGUUCGACAACCUCACAGAAUGAUGCGUUUUAUGCUCCUGUUCAGUCGGCAGGGGAAGCUGCGGUUGCAGAAGUGGUACACAGCUACAGCGGAACGAGACAAGAAGAAGAUGGUCAGGGAGUUGAUGCAGAUUGUCCUUGCCCGCAAACCCAAGAUGUGCAGUUUUCUUGAAUGGAGGGACCUCAAGAUUGUCUAUAAAAGGUAUGCCAGUCUAUAUUUUUGCUGUGCUAUUGAAGAGCAGGACAAUGAGCUGAUUACACUGGAGGUCAUCCACCGCUUUGUAGAGCUCCUUGAUAAAUACUUUGGCAGUGUUUGUGAGCUGGACAUAAUAUUUAACUUUGAGAAGGCUUACUUCAUUUUAGACGAAUUCCUGAUGGGAGGAGAGAUUCAGGACACAUCCAAGAAGAGUGUCCUCAAAGCCAUUGAACAAGCUGAUCUGCUGCAGGAGGAGGAUGAGUCUCCCAGGAGUGUAUUGGAGGAGAUGGGCUUGGCAUAGUCCACAGUGAAAAUGUGAGAUGCUAAAGGCAGGAGGUGGCAGGACAGUUUGGAAUGAGAGCUGCUCGGACUGAGAGCGUUCUCUCUGGGAUCCUAUUGCACCAUUUUCUAUCAGAACAAGACUCAAUGGAUGCUUGCAUUGGACUGGCCCUUUGGUUUGUUUGUUUGUGCGUGCGUGUGUGUGUGUCUGCCUUAUCUAAGUGUGGGAUAAUGGUAAUGGGCUAUAUUUAACUUUUAUGUGCCUGAAGAGCAGUGUGUGUUCAGAUUGUUACAGACGUGACAUGGUUUGAAGCUUUGCUGUAAUUUUCCGUCAUACUGAAGCAGGUUUGCAGGUUGAUUUAAAGAGCUUGUCAAAUAAACAAAGCCUGCCAAAAAUGUUUGUCACAACUAAAUGUGAAGGAUGACUGGGUCAGAAACUUUGGCCCUAACUCCGAAUACUAUACGACUGCUAAAGCUCACAGGUUCUCCAAGUUUGUUUAGAACUAGCUUUAAUCCAUGCAAUGCAGUUAAUAACAAAUCAUCAUUCUAAAUUGUGAUCCAAAUGUUUUGCUGAUUGUAAAGAUUGAGUACUCUUCGUGUAUUGGAGUUAAAGCCAUGUUGCCUCCAGCUAUUACCAGUGAUUAAUAACAUCAAACAUGCACAAAAUCAGCUCAGGAUUGAGGGUAGACUUUUUUGUUUUGUCUAAUUUUCUGUCUUCAUUCAAAUUGUUCCUCCAUCUAGAAUUGCUAAAUAACUCCAGACUUUUUUAUGUUUUUGUGGCACUAGUGGCCACAAAAUCUUGUCUCCUUUUUCCGACAGUAAGCUGACAGGAAAGGGGGAAGGCAUGCAGCAUAGGUUGCCAUUUGUGUAUAUUCUAAGUUGACUGCAGCGCCUAAUGAAAUAGAGAUGUGCAAUUUAACAGAGGCACAUAUCUUUGUUAGAUAUGGGUUCUGGGUUUUAUGGAGCAGAAGUAUUGAACAACGAUAUUCAAGCCAGAAUAUGGAAAUUAAUAGAAUUUCAAAGAAGAAAAUCUCUGUAUUAUCUGUUUUUAAAUUGAGUUAAUCAGGUUUGCUGCUCCUCUCACCACCCCCGAAGAGCAACUCCAGUCCAUCACUGUUGUCUUCUGGCUUGAGUUAGAUCUGCUCACUAAAACUGUCUCAGCUGCAGGCAAAGCAUGCCACUUGCUGCAACAGUCUUUCAUCAAUCUAAACAUAAACCAUCAGAUGCACUCCCCCCACAAUAAUCCAAGAAGCCGUGUAUGUCUGGUUACAACUGCUAUAGUGACCCAAUUAUCCAUUUUCUUCUCUUCACCUGUGAGCUGGAGACAUAUUCCACAUGUGGAGGUUUCGGUACAGGUUUACUUGCAAUACGAUAAGAGACAUUUUGGGGAUGCAGCAGACUCUGUAACUUGGUGUGAACAUGUUGCUAUGUCCCUUCUCAUUGGCUGCUGAAAGUGGAACUUGACUUUUGAAUGUGGAACUGAGUGAAAAUGCCAGUAAAUAUCAAAGAAGCAUCAGCUACUAAAUUGAUGCAAGCUAUUAAAGGAAAAUAACUGGGUUAUAAAUCCAGUAAUCUGCCUGCAAUGCAGUUGUGAGUUUUUAGAUUAUUUAAUAUUCAAACUGGAUUGCGGUGGGUGCAACUUUAAAGUUCCCUUGUUUAUUCCUAUUUUUAAUAAAAACGUUACUUGA